AUUCUGUAUGAAUUUUCCUGUUUUUUUUUUUUAAUUUUUAUUUUACAGACAUUAACCCUUUCUUUGACUAUUACCUUUUCUUGAUUUUGUUAAUCUGUAAAUAGUCCACCUUGAAUACCCAUUAUCAUUUUAAUAAAACCUUCAAACCCAUUCUUCCUCCCAUCUUCAAUAGUCCACCUCCCUUUAUCUAUCUUUCCCUUUCUCUUUCUCUCCCCAAUCACACAUUUCUUUCUGCAAUCAAUCUUUAGAAUCAACCAAACCCACAAACUCAAUCCAUCUAUCCCUUCAAGAAACCCCAAGAUUCCAUCUUUAUUCAACAAGAUUGAGGAACAACACCACCCUUUUGUUCUUCUUCAUCAAUCACCAGUUUCUUGAAAAGAUUUCAUCUUUCUUCAUACCCAUUUUUUAAAUAGAAAAAAAAAAUACAAUCUUUUUUGCAUUCCAAGAAGAUCAGACCUAAAAAAAAUUGGGUUUUUCCAUUUUUCCCAUUUUUUACCUUUUUUUUCCAUUUCAAGAUUUUCUUGAAAACCAUGAAGUUAUCUCAUAUGGAUAAUAUUAAUACCCCAUCAACACCUGGGAAGUUCAAGAUGGAAAAACCCAAUUACAAUCAUAGAUUCAGAUGGCAUUAUUCUUAUCUUGCAAAGCUCACAUUUUGGAGCUUUGUGUUCAUGGGAUUAAUAUUCAUUUUCUUCUUCAAAUCACCACCCACAUCAAACCCAUCAUCCAUUUCAUCAGAUCUCUCUCGCAGAUCCUUAAAAACCAGAUCUUGGGGCGGACCCGACUGGGAAAAACGGGUCAAAUCAUCCUCCAAGAUCCGAUCAAAAUCUGGGUUUUCUGUUCUAGUCACCGGCGCCGCCGGCUUCGUCGGAACCCACGUCAGCGCCGCCUUGAAACGCCGUGGUGACGGCGUUUUAGGGUUAGAUAACUUUAACGAUUAUUACGAUCCUGCCCUUAAAAGAGCUCGUCAAUCUUUGUUGGAAAGAAGUGGGAUUUUCAUAGUGGAAGGGGACAUAAACGACGCCGCAUUGCUCAAGAAGCUUUUUGAGGUAGUUCAUUUUACUCAUGUUAUGCAUUUAGCUGCUCAAGCUGGUGUUAGAUAUGCUAUGCAAAACCCUAACUCUUAUAUCCAUAGUAAUAUUGCCGGUUUUGUAAAUCUUCUUGAAAUAUGUAAAAAUGUAAACCCUCAACCUGCAAUUGUGUGGGCAUCAUCUAGUUCUGUUUAUGGGUUGAAUACCAAAGUACCCUUUUCGGAGAAAGACCGAACCGAUCAGCCCGCGAGUCUGUAUGCUGCGACGAAGAAGGCGGGUGAAGAAAUCGCGCAUACUUAUAAUCAUAUCUAUGGGUUGUCUUUAACUGGUUUGAGAUUCUUUACGGUUUAUGGACCGUGGGGUAGACCGGAUAUGGCUUAUUUUUUCUUCACUAAAGAUAUCUUGAAAGGGAAGUCGAUUCCUGUUUUUGAAUCGGCGAAUCAUGGGACGGUUGCGCGUGAUUUUACGUACAUUGAUGAUGUUGUGAAGGGUUGUUUGGGUGCUUUAGAUACUGCGGAAAAGAGUACGGGAAGUGGUGGGAAGAAAAGAGGGGCUGCACAGUUGAGGGUUUUUAAUUUGGGGAAUACUUCACCUGUUCCUGUUUCUGAUCUUGUUAGUAUUUUGGAGAAAUUGUUGAAAGUGAAAGCGAAAAGACGUACGAUGAAGUUGCCUAGAAAUGGUGAUGUCCCGUUUACUCAUGCGAAUAUUAGUUUGGCUCAAAGGGAGUUUGGGUAUAAACCGACGACAGAUCUUCAUACGGGGUUGAAGAAGUUUGUUAGAUGGUAUGUGAGCUAUUAUGGUUCGGGAAAGAAGAGUGAUCAUUGAGGCAUGACGCGUUGUUGAAAAAAAAAAGCGGUAAACUUGUUCUUGAAUUGUUAUUCGUUUUGAUAUAUUCAUAUGAUUGUUUUGUUAAUCCAGUACUUCCGAUCAUAUUAUCUUGUUUUCGACUAUUGGCAUAAAGGAAGGCGAAAGAGAGGGAUCUCACACGAUGAACAAGUUUUUGGUUCGUUUUGUUUUAAGUUUUCGUGGUUCGAGUGGUGUCUUUGAUAUGUAGCAAAAGAAAUGCAAGAGCUUAAUGUUGGUUGGUAUUGACUUAUGGGAAUGUAAUUUGUUGUAGCAUUAUUUUGUAGGAUUCAUGACUGGUAGAGCAAAUUCGCUUUGAUUAGUUAACUUGUAUCAUCUCUUGGUUUUCAAAUAAAUACAACACUUUGGUUUGAAUGUUA